AUGAAAAUACCAGAAAACGACCCCAUAGCUCUCUCAAACAACCUUUUACACUCCCUUUUAGACCAACAAAUCCCAUCAAUACAAUCUUUCAGAGGCAAAUGGGGUUUGAUAAAAUCCAAACUCGCUGAUCUCCAAACCCAACUCGCUGAUUUUUCCGAGUUCCAAACUUCACUCACUAACCCACUCUCUCUUGAUCUCCUUCACUCUAUUUCACAAACUCUAAAUGAUGCUCUCCUUUUAGCUGAAAAAUGUCAAGAUACAAGCUUGACUGAAGGUAAGCUUAAAACUCAAAGCGAUAUUGAUUCAAUUUUAGCUAAAUUGAAUCAAAAUGUGAAAGAUUGUGAGAUUUUGACCAAAAGUGGGGUCCUUCAAGAUGGGAUUUUAUCUGGGUCCGGCUCAAAAAGAGAGCUUGUUAGAGCUGAGUUUAGGAAUUUGAUAACUCGGUUGCAAAUAGGGAGUCCUGAGUCGAAGAACGCGGCUAUGGACUCGGUUCUGAGUUUGAUUCAGGAGGAUGAUAAGAAUGUAAUGAUUGCUGUUGCACAAGGUAUUGUGCCUGUUCUUGUUAGAUUACUUGAUUGUAAUAGUUGUUUUGAUAUUAAAGAGAAGAGUGUAGCUGCAAUUUCAAGAAUUUCAAUGGUGGAUAGUAGUAAGCAUGUUUUGAUAGCAGAAGGGUUGUUGCUUUUGAAUCAAUUGAUUAGGACUCUUGAAUCAGGAAGUGGGUUUGCUAAAGAAAAAGCUUGUGCUGCACUUCAAGCUUUAAGCUUUUCGAGAGAGAAUGCAAGGGCAGUUGGGUCUAGAGGUGGAAUUUGUUCAUUAUUGGAGAUUUGUCAAGCUGGAACACCUAGUUCACAGGGUCUUGCAAGUGGGGUUAUGAGGAAUUUGGCUGUGUUUGAGGAGAUUAGAGAGAAUUUUAUAGAAGAGAAUGCUGUUUUUGUUCUUAUUGGGCUUGCAGCUUCUGGAACUGCAUUAGCUCAAGAAAAUGCAAUUGGUUGUUUGUGUAAUUUGAUUAAGGAUGAUGAAAAUUUGAAGCUUUUGAUUGUUAAAGAAGGGGUUAUUGAGUGUUUGAGGAAUUUUUGGGAUUCAUGUCCUCCGGUAAGGAGUCUUGAAGUUGCUGUUGAAUUGAUCAGGGAGUUGGCAUCCAACCAAGCUAUUGCGGGAGGGCUUGUUUCUGAUGGGUUUGUUGUUAGGCUCGCAGGGGUGUUGAAUUGUGGGGUUUUGGGUGUGAGAAUUGCAACUGCUAGAGUUGUUUUUGAGCUUGGUUUUAACACAAAAACAAGGAAAGAAAUUGGUGAAUUGGGGUGCAUUAGUCCAUUGAUUAAAAUGUUGGAUGGCAAGGCUGUUGAAGAGAAGGAAGCAGCAGCAAAAGCAUUGUCAUUGCUUGUUUUGUAUGGUGGUAAUAGGAGAAUUUUUAGAAAGACUGAGGGUGGAAUUGUGAGUACAGUUCAGCUAUUGGAUCCUUUGAUACAGAAUAUGGAUAAGAAAUACCCUGUUUCUAUAUUGGCCUCACUUGUACAUUCUAAGAAGUGUAGGAAACAAAUGAUUGCCGCUGGUGCCAGUGUGCACUUGAAGAAACUUGUGGAGAUGGAUGUUGAAGGAUCUAAGAAGCUCUUGGAUGGUCUUGGCCGGGGUAAGAUUUGGGGUGUUUUUGCCAGGCCCUAG